GCCCACUGCUCUGCUCUGUCUCAGCAUAAGUCAAGAUGAGCUACGGAUCUGAAGCCUUUUCUUCCUCCUCUUACCGGAGGAUUUUCGGGGAGUCUCCCCGUUAUGCGUCCUCUCCAUCGCGCUCAGCGACGAGCGCGUCCUCACGAGGAGGAGGCUACCGGUCCUCCUCCUCUGUGUCCAGGAGCAACAUCUCAUCCGUGGGCUCGUACAAUAGAAAGUCCGGCCGCACCUUCUCAUCUAUGCCACUGGAAACCUUCGACUUGACCCAGAGCAGCGUCCUCAACAAUGAGUUCAAAAUCGUCCGCACCAACGAAAAGGAGCAAAUGCAGGGUCUUAACGACCGCUUUGCAAUGUUCAUCGAGAAAGUGCGCAACUUGGAGCAACACAACAAAGUGCUGGAGACGGAGCUGGUUGCGCUGCGCCAGAAGCAGACCGAGCCAUCCCGUCUGGCCGAGCUUUACCAGCAAGAAAUACGCGAGCUGCGCUCCCAGCUGGAAGAGCUGACCGGAGAGAAGUCUCAGCUCCUGAUCGAGAGGGACAACAUUGAAGAUGACCUGCAGAAAAUCAGGGGCAAAUACGAAGAUGAGUUCCGUGCGCGUGAGGAUGCGGAGGCCGCCCUCAAGGCUUUCAAGAAAGACGUGGAUGAUGCCACCAUGGUGCGUCUGGACCUGGAAAAGAAGGUGGAAUCUCUCCUGGAUGAGAUCAACUUCCUCAGGAAGGUGCACGAGGAGGAGGUGGCCGAGUUGAUGGACAUGAUCCAGGCUGCCCAGGUGUCCGUGGAGAUGGAGGUGGCCAAGCCGGACCUCACCUCCGCCCUCAAGGAGAUCCGUGGCCAGUACGAGUCCAUGGCGUCCAAGAACCUGCAGUCCGCCGAGGAGUGGUACAAGACCAAGUUUGCGGACCUGUCCGAGCAGGCCACCCGGAGUAACGACGCCAUCCGCGCCGGCAGGGAAGAAGUGAACGAGUUCAGGAGGCAGCUGCAGUCCAGGACCAUCGAGAUCGAGAGUCUGAGAGGAACCAACGAGUCUUUGGAAAAGCAGCUCCGGGAGAUGGAGGACAGGCACAAUGGGGAGAUUGGAAACUACCAGGAAAGCAUGGCAGAGCUGGAGAAUGAACUGAGGACCACUAAGAAUGAGAUGGCUCGUCACCUGAGGGAGUACCAGGAUCUGCUGAAUGUUAAGAUGGCACUGGAUAUUGAAAUUGCAGCCUACAGGAAACUCCUGGAAGGGGAGGAGACCCGCAUCGGGUCAGGCAUGUCCUACUCCAGCCCCUCCAUAACUGCUGGCAUCGGGCAAGGCUACGGCUACCAAACCCGCAUUUACAGCAGCUCCAGCAAGAGCUCCAAGAAGGAGGGGAAGGAUGACGACCAGCAAAAGCAGCAGAGCAAAUCUGGGGGCAAGGUCUCCCAGCACGAGGUCUACGAGGAGACAGUGGUCACCACCAAGAAGGUGGAGAAGCAGCAGGACCCCAGUGAUACUGCCGCCGGUCAGAAAAACUAACAAGCCUAUACUGUAAGCUGUUGUUCUUCAACCCCAAAGCCUCCCUUUAUCCUACAAUGUCUCACCAGCCUAAAACAAACCUUUAGCUUGACCACCUGUGGCAGUAGACGAUAGAUAGCCUUGCUUUGCUGUCUUAUUCUAAGCAUGGCAAGAUUGGAAAGUUUCUGACAUCUGAAAUUGUGCUUAACAAUUUGCCGUUAUAUCGAUUUGCUAUUUUUUCUGCCAGGUAUUGCGAUUUGACUCGAGAUAUUUACUGUGCAGUCCAGUUAAAACAUGAGGACCUGUCACAAGACAAUGUCAACAGGACAGGCCUCUAGGGGUGAAGUUGCAUUUUGCAACCACCUGAGUCACAUGGCACACUCUGUGGAAGAGAAAGUUUUAAAUUUUCAGCUGAUAAUGAACACAAUUUGAACCGUGUAUUCAAAUCCACUUGAUGGUCGAAUCAUUCAGCCCUAAUUUGAAGCAGAGUGUCAGGUUUAUAGGUUUGUUUUACGCUGGCUUGUUCUUCCUCAUACCUCCCUUUCACGCGUGUUCCCUAAUGGAAAAUCCAUUAUAACUCUUCUAUAGCCAUCACUCUAUACAACAUCACAGUACAUCCGUCUACAUCUAUUCUUCUGUACCACAGACUCAACACCAAACAAUAGCAAGUUGCACUUAUAGGUAGCAGUAACGAAACGUAAUACCAACACACAACUGAUAUAUAUAUGAAAAAAACAAAAACCUCUGGUCAUCAUGCACCGUUAGCACAAACUGUGAGAUGAACACAUUCCUCUGUGUUACUGUGUGUGUGUGUGUGUGUGUGUGCGCACAAAAGCUUCAGAACACAUCAGCUGGUCAUAUUGACCGACCACACUGCGACAUCCACUCACAUGUACGGUACAAAGCAAAACUGUGAGUAAGCACACGUUCUACAAUUACCUGUGGAAGUAAAUUGUAUCCGUAGCUUUUUACCUGAGCCAAUAUUCCAGUUCUCCUCUCCAGAAAGAAUGUAGUUUCUAGACAGAAACGUGUCCGAUUGUGUCUCUUCCUGCGACGCCGGUGUAAAAGAGGACAAGCACAGAGCAAAUUUCUGAUUAAAUGCUUUUUAAAUGACACAAUGACAUGACGAAAAAGUUGCAUGGUGUAUGUAGAUCGUCAUUGCUUGCAUGGAAUCCAUCAGCCCCUUGUUCAGGUUGGUCAGUUCCUUUACGCUAUCGACCUGAGAAUCAUCGUGUGCGCUCAUUAGUGACUGUAAAAUAUCUAGUAAGGGCGAUUGGCUUGGAAGGAGGAUUUCUCUUGAUGCAGUCUAGUCAAUUUCAGGCCAAGAUGGAAGUUGUGCUCUAUAGCACAAAAUGCAUGAGAUAUUCUAUAUGCUCAUUUAUACCAUUUUCAACGUGUUACAGAUGAUGCUUGAGACACAUUUACAUUUACGCCCUGGAAUCCAUACCACCGUAUCACUCAACCCGAAGGAAAUCCAUGCCAACAAGGCUCCCAGCGAUACAGCCCCGUGUUCAGUGAGAAUGUGCUGGACCUCAGUGUGUUUGAAAGAGCUCGACCUCGACCUGUUUUGAGCUGUGGCCAUGACUGGAUAAAACGCCUGUUGUAGUUCGACCUCACCAGUAGAAAAAUGACUUGUUUUUCUGCCCGUGUGCACUGCCUAACACUAACACAUAGCCUAUAUGUUAUUCUCCUGCGGUUGAUUAUGGCGAGCCGUACCACGACUCGCUGCACGAUAUCCCAGACUCGGUUCCUGCGGUUCUCCUCGAGGCUUGUGAGCGUAUCUUAGUACUGUAGUAAGUGUGUUUGUAUCGUGGCCUUCCAUAAUCAGGACAUCGAAGAGGUGGCAAAUCAGAACAUUGAAACGUGUUUUAUUUUACGGAAGUACAACAACAUAUCGAUGAAAGCGGCGUUUAUUUGACAGCGGAUGAACGGUGCAGGGUCACGACAAGUGUACACGCCUUUUUUUCUUUCCGCAGCAAAUCAAACGUUCCAAAUAUCACACUGCCAAACCUUUUUCAAAGUGCACGUGCUACACCGAUGUCAUGCAAGAGCAAGCAUUUCCUGAAAAAUACAGUACAGUAUGUAACAACAUCAAACUGAGAUUUUAGCCAUAGAUCAAAUACUGUAGUAUGUAAAGAAUGCCUUAAAACACCAGCAGCUUUGUUUUCUCCCUCCUGGCCAUGUUUAUGACUGUGUUUAGUGAGUAUUUAAUCAUUAAUAUCGCUUCUUAAUUAGUGUUCAUUAGAGCUACUCUGGUGAGAAACGUAUAGGGAGUGAAUGUAGAUGACAUGCUAUUCUUCUCUUUGCUGUUGUUCAUUAUGUAAUGCUGUAUGACACCACUUCAAUAAAGACUUGACUUAACUGA